AUGGAGCAGUUCAUGAGUGCUUUUCAAAUAAGAAUGAUGCUAGCAACCCUUAUAGUCAGUUCAGUAAAUUUGGUUGAUGGGCAGGUUAGUACCCCUUGCACAACCUCAAUGAUGAGCAGUUUCACACCAUGCGCCAACAUCAUUACAGGAAGCACCAAUAAAGUUUCAAUGCCAUCAACUACGUGUUGUGAUUCAUUAAGGUCUUUGAUGAGCACUAACAUGGAUUGUGCUUGCAUGGUAAUAUCAGCCAAUGCUCCGUUUUUCCAACAACCCAUUAGCCAAGCUCUUACCCUCUCCCUCUCACGAGCAUGCAACAUUAAUGGACUUCCUUUACAGUGCAAAGCUUCUGGUUCUCCUUUACCUGCUCCGGGCCCUGCAGUUCUUGGACGAAACGGCCCGCCUCUCCCUUCAAUUGCUGUAUCUCCCUUAAGCCCACAAGUUUCAAAAAUCAUGGCUCUGAGCGGAGCACAGAGAAAUGAGAAUUUGCAAUUAGGAGCGGCACCAGCGGAAGCAGAAGCAGAAGCAGAAACUAGAGAUCCAGAAAUCCACCCAGUUUUGACUCUUCCAUCUUAUUCAUCUUCUGUUUCCCCCUCUCUUCAUGCAUUUGUAAUUAGGAUAAAAGUGAGGCUGAGUAUAUCUAGUGCUCCUUCUUACAAUUCUUAUCUUGGUGAGACAUAA